AAGCUUACACUUUUUGUAUGAGAUCAAAAUUUUGAUCUCGUGAGUCCUAGAGGUCGGUUUCCCGCCUACUACGAGCCGUCUGAGCUAUGGUAAGUGCCGGCGGGAAGAAGGUAGAUAAUGCUUCUAAGCUGGCGAACCCAGAAGUGGAGGAGCAGAGGAGGUUGAAGAAGCUGGCUUUCUCGAAAGGGAUGCUUUCGGAAACACCUCUGGAGGCGGCUGCGGCUAGGAAUGCUCUGCACCCAUCACAGACGGUGAUCAAACACCAUGGAAAAGAUAUAAUUCGAAAGUCCCAGCGAAGCAGAAAUCGUUUUCUCUUCUCGUUCCCGGGGCUCCUUGCCCCCGUUUCUGGCGGCAAAAUCGGCGAGCUUAAAGAUCUUGGUACCAAAAACCCUAUCCUGUAUCUAGAUUUUCCUCAGGGACAAAUGAAGUUGUUUGGGACUAUUGUUUAUCCAAAGAACAUGUAUUUAAGUCUGCAGUUUUCCAGAGGCGGGAAGAGUGUCAUAUGUGACGAUUACUUUAAUAACAUGAUUGUGUUUUCUGAUGCGUGGUGGAUAGGGAGGAAAGAUGAGAAUCCAGAAGAGUUGCGUCUGGAGUUCCCAAAGGAGCUGAAUGUGCACCAAAAUAUGGAGCAUAAUUUCAAAGGUGGUGCUGGCGCAGCAUGGGAUGGAAAACAAAGGAUUAUAAAAUCUGGGACAAGAUUUGUGGAACAUGAAUCUCCUAAACUUGAAGAUGAAGAUGAAGAUGAUACUACAGAAGAUCAGAGCUGUGCUAAAGAACACAUUGAUAUUACUCCAACUCGGCAUUCAGCUAGGACAGUUGGAAAGACAUUCAAUUUUGCAGAUGUUUCUUCUGAGGACAAUUUCACCGUGAAUGAUGCUGAAACUUCUAAUGAAGAAGAAGUGAAGGAAGAAAAAGUGCACGCUUCAGUCCUCGAUGUUGACAAUGAGGAAACAGUUAUUUUAGAUCUAUCUGCUGAUAAGAAUAAUUCUGGUGCAAAAGUACCCUCUGCAUCCAAGGAGCCCACUCGCACUAGUCAGGGUUCCCUUAUUCAAGCAUCUAUAUCUAAUAUGUUCAAGAAAAUGGGGGAGAAGAUUGCAAAGUCUACUGAUCCUGCGAAAGUGUACAGUAAAAUAAAUGAUAGUGUCUCUGAUAUAUCAGCACAAAGGAGAGGGAAAACCAGAAGUCUAUUGGAUCAAAAUUCAUCUGGUCUCAUUGAUUCUUCUGAGUCUGAAGAUGAAGAGAUUGAAGAGUUCUCUAGUUCAGCUCAGGAUAUGGAUGAAAGUGAUGAAGAUUGGACCGCCUGAGGUUUUUCUGCCAACAUAUGUGCUAAGCAGUAGUUUAGGGGCUGUAUAUAUGGGCUCCUUACAGAAGAAUAGUUAUUAGUCUAAAAUAUAUGUGCUUUCAAGGCUGUGUAGACAUCUUAUUUUUUUAGAACUCGUGAUCACACUUAAAUAUGAGUUUUCAUGAAAUCCUUUUUGUGAUUUCAAUCCAGCAUCAAAGCUCUAGGAUUUUAAGUCAUUUGGAGGAUAGAAAAACAAAUCCUGAACUAUAUGUUUGACAUUUUAUAGCACUUCUGCUCAAAGUGAAAUGUUUGGCACGUCUUUAUUCCAUUAAAUGGAGUUUUUCCUUAGGAAGGAUACUUUUAAAUAUUACGUAGUAUUUCCCAAUUAGGGGUAAUUUUGAA